AUGAAAUCUCAGGAUGUCAUCGAGGAGUCGCAAAGCUCAUGGACAUCUCCUAUAGUUCUUGUAAAGAAAAAGGAUGGAUCGAGAUUUUGUGUGGAUUAUCGGAAGUUGAAUGCUGUAAAAGUUCAUCCAAAGGAUAGGGAAAAGACAGCGUUUUCCGUAGGGAAUUAUGGCAGGGGAUUAUGGCAAUUCAAAGUAAUGCCAUUCGGUUUAUGUAAUGCUCCAGCAACCUUUGAGCACUUAAUGGAAAAAGUGUUACAAAACAUCCUGUUUAAAAUUUGUUUAGUCUGUUUGGAUGAUAUUGUUUUCAGCAAAACUUUUGAGGAGAUGCUAUCAAAUCUAAGGGAGAUUUUUCUUCGCUUUCGUUCAGCGGGCCUGAGAAUCAAUCCUAAAAAGUGUUUCCUCUUUGGUAGAAAAGUGAAGUAUUUGGGACAUGUUGUUUCUGGACAAGGUGUUGCUAUCGACCCCGAGAAAAUUUCGGCGGUGAAAGAUUGGCCUAUUCCUCAGAAUAAGAAGCAAGUUCGAAGUUUUCUGGGUUUUUGUUCCUACUAUAGGAAAUUCGUAAAAGAUCUAGAGGAUCAAUUAGCCCGAUGGCUUGAGAGAUUACAACAAUUUGAGUUUGAGAUAAUCCAUCGAAAAGGUCGACUAUAUCAAAAUGCUGAUGGAUUGUCGAGACGAUCUUGUGCGGAAAAGGACUGUGCUUAUUGUGCUAAAGUUGAGUUUAAGGAAAAUUCAGUUGCCCGAAUAGUUUUGGAGGAGGAGAACUUGGAGGAUUGGCGCAGGAAACAAUUAGAAGACCCUGUAAUUUCGUUAUUUCUUCGAGCAAAGGAAUUAGGAAGACGUCCGCUUCACGAGGAAGUUUCUUUGCAGGAUGUUUCGAUUAUUGUUCCCAGGAGGUGCAUCAAUCGAAUACUAGAGCUAGCUCACGAUUCUGCUUCAGACGGACACUUUGGAGUGAAUAAAACAUUAGAGAAGAUACGGAAACGUUUCUAUUGGGCUACAUGCAAACAUGAUGUGGAAGAUUGGUGCCGUUUUUGUGAAAUUUGUGUAGCGAGAAAGGGUCCAUUGGAAAAGAGAAAAUCUCCAAUACAAGUUUAUAAUAUGGGGGCUCCAUUUGAAAGGGUCCAAAUGGAUAUUCUCGAUCCUCUUCCUACUACUUCUAGUGGAAAUCGAUACUUAUUGAUUACGAUCGAUUGUUUCACGAAAUGGUUGAAGCUCUUCUAUUAA